AUGGGUUCCUCUCCUCAUAACCUACGUUUCGGAAAGACACAAGGAUGGGCGGGGGCGGAGCUAAAUGGAGGGCAAGGUGGUCAAAGGACCCCAUAA